CGCCGCUUCCCUCCCCCGUGGGGCGCUCACCUGGCGGGGCCGCCCCUCGCCAGGGGGCCGGUUCCACGCGGGGCGCGGGGCUCGUUCGCCCGCCCUCCCCGGGCCGCGCGUCCGCCGCCCGCCGGCUCAGGCCCCAGCAGCAGCCGCCGCCUCCCCCUCCAUGGCCGCCGCUCUCGCCGGCUGCAUUGUGGGAAGCUGACCUCACUCGCUGCUGCCGCCGCCCCGCCGGCUCCGGCACUCUCCGCCAUGGGGGCCGUGACCGACGAUGAAGUUAUCCGCAAGCGGCUGCUGAUCGAUGGCGAUGGAGCUGGCGACGACAGGAGGAUCAAUUUGUUGGUGAAGAGUUUCAUUAAGUGGUGUAAUUCCGGAUCUCAAGAGGAAGGUUAUAGCCAGUACCAACGAAUGCUGAGUACUUUGUCACAAUGUGAAUUUUCAAUGGGAAAAACUCUUCUGGUGUAUGACAUGAACCUGAGAGAAAUGGAAAAUUAUGAAAAAAUCUAUAAGGAUAUCGAAAACAGUAUAGCUGCAGCCCAUGAGAAGAUUUCUGAAUGCAAAAAACAAAUCCUGCAAGCAAAAAGGAUUCGAAAAAAUCGCCAGGAAUAUGAUGCAUUGGCCAAAGUCAUACAGCACCACCCAGACAGACAUGAAACGCUGAAGCAGCUGGAAGCUUUGGGAAAAGAAUUGCAAAAUCUUUCUCACAUUAAAGAAAAUGUUGAAGAUAAGUUGGAGCUGAGAAGAAAGCAGUUCCAUGUUCUCCUGAGCACUAUCCAUGAACUUCAGCAAACCCUGGAGAAUGAUGAAAAACUUUCAGAAGCUGAAGAAUCCCAAGAAACUCAAAUGGAAGCAGAGGCCAAACAGUAGAUGUAAUAUGAAGACUGACAAUACUACUGAAGAAAGUCCAAGUAUCUUCAUGUUAUGUUGAAACCAACAGUAAAGGAGGUGGAGUUGAAAAUAAUUUUCUAGUGCUUCUGUGAAUUUUUAUACAAAAAUACUUGUUUUGCUUAUGCUUCAGGGGAAAACAGUUGCAGAUCUGUGCAGACAGGCACUUUGUGUUAAUCCACAACUUUGUAAUUUGGGAAAUUUUGGUUUACAAAGGAUGAAGCUUCUACACAGUGCUUGUGAACUAAGGUGUUUGCAAAACAUUGUCAAUAAAAGGUGUUUUCACAGAUUUUCCUA